AUGCUUCAUGACGGCUAUCUCCUACUUAAUGGCAAGCGUGGCGGAGCUACUUCUUCGAUUCUGGACUUUCGGAGGUUAUUUGUGAAGUUGCUAUCAUUAUACAAAAUCUUUGGUCAAGUUCACGAUGAUGACACGCCGUACGACUUUGAUAUUGUACAGGACCCUACAUCAGCUAGCACAAAGCAGGUGGGUACUAACAUAUGGCGUGUAGUUGAGAGAGGAAGCGCAUGCCUGGAAAAAAUCUUAUAG